AUGCAGGUGUUUGAAUUUCGAGAGGCACCAGAACCCAUGAUCGUCAUGGAAUAUUAUCCCGAUGGGAACAUGGUGGACGCCCUCGUCGUUGACGAUGAGAGACGUAUCAGUGCUGCAGGACAGAUUCUAGACGGUCUCAGUCACCUCCAUGCAAAGGGGUUGGCACAUCGCGACCUGAAACCCGAAAACUUUUUGGUCAAGUUGAGGCCGUUCCAGGUCGUCAUCACUGAUUUCGGCUUGUCUAAAGUCGUACCCGAUACCACCCUGCUGAAGACUUUCUGCGGGACUCUAAAGUACGCGGCACCGGAGGUGUUCCCCGGUCUCAGCGACGGCCACGGGCCCGAAGUCGACGUUUGGUCCUUAGGUGUCAUCAUUUUCGAA